CCAAAAUGUAUGUGAGUGCAGUGUUAGUUUUUAUAUGUUUGAACGUCAUUUGUGAUAUCAAUUACCUAAUACGAACGCUAAUAGCUGUUCUUAGUGGUCGAUUCUACCAGCGUAAAUAUUCGUUGGGUGAAACUACUACCAUAUACGGAAUAUGUACAUUUCAAGACUGCGACAUAACCUUCAGGCACAUCAGAGUGGCCCGAUUACUUCGAGAUCUAGAUUUUGCCAGAUAUCACUUUUACGAGAGGACUGGGAUCUAUCAAAGAAGUCGGCAGCUGUCUAUUAAAUCAUUGCAAGGUUGCACACUUACUGUUACCUCAGAUCCUGUGCCUUUGUUUGCACCGUAUAAAAUUAAUACUAAGCUUGUGUAUUGGGACGAUCGCUCACUUUUCUUGGAGCACGAGGUGAUAACAAUACUUGAUGGUAAAACUCGCUCAGUUUUGCUAUCAAGACAACAUGCGAUAGGAAGAAAUGGAGACUCUACGAACGCUCUUCUUGGUGACUUACCAGGUUCACAUAUUAAGCCUCCUUGUCCAGAAUACAUAGAACACUGGUUACGUAGUAUGCAAAUAUCUAGUGCGAAACUAAAGAGAUGUGAAAUAAAUGAACUAUAGAGAAUAUG